UUAAAUUUGUCGGUAUUUAAUGGUAUGGUAUAUUUAAUCAAAAAUGCGCAAACGCUUUCCCAAAAAGCCAGACAAUUGUUUUUAGAAACUUAUUUAAUUUUCGGAACAUGCUGCGCAAAUUUGGCAAACUCCUGGGACAGCAGGUGGGUCAGCAAGCACGUUUCGCAAUAUGCCGCACGCUGGCCACAACAAACGCACUCCAUAAAGAUGCUGCAGCUAAGACGGAGGCUGUUGUGGGGCCGCCAAAGAAUAUUCUUGUGGAAAAAGACAACAACAUUACGCUGAUUGGAAUCAAUCGACCACAGCAGCGCAAUGCCAUCGACUCUAUUACCGCAGCGCAACUUUGCGAUGCGUUUGCCAAUUUCGAGGCGGACGACGCUUCGCCGGUGGCCGUCCUGUACGGUGUGGGCGGAUCGUUUUGCUCUGGCUUUGAUAUACUGGAAAUGAGUACGGAUGAGAAGGAGGAGAUCAGCGUUGAUAUACUUAUGCGUCCCGAAGGCUCAGUUGGGCCCACGCGUCGCCAGAUCAAAAAGCCGGUCGUCUGCGGCAUCAAUGGCUACUGCAUCGCCAAUGGACUGGAGUUGGCACUAAUGUGCGACUUGCGCGUAAUGGAGGAGUCGGCGGUUCUGGGUUUCUUCAACCGUCGCUUCGGAGUUCCCAUGCUGGAUGGUGGCACUGUCCGUUUACCAGCCAUGAUUGGCCUGUCUCGUGCGCUCGAUUUAAUACUAACGGGUCGGCCGGUGGGCUCGCAGGAGGCCCACGAUAUUGGGCUGGUAAAUCGCAUAGUUCCCACUGGCACAGCACUGGGCAAUGCCCUGGAACUGGCCACGUGCCUGGCAAAGUUCCCGCAGCGCGCUUUAAAUCAUGAUCGUAACUCGGUGUAUUCAGGCGCCUUUGAGACGUCCACGUUCCAUCAGGCAGUGCAGAACGAAGUAAUGUACACGUCGCGCGAGAUAAUCGAGGAUAUGCAAAACGGAAUCAAGUGGUUCAAUCAUACCUUCCAGGCGGACACCACACACUCGUGGCUGAAGCGCGAUCGCUCUAUGGCCGACUGGGAUGAUGAGGAGGUGGCAGCUGCGGCUGCGCACAAAGAGAAGCAAAAGCAAGAUGAAGAGGCUGCCCGCGUUGAGGCCGAGAAACAAAAGCAGGCGGAAAAGGCUCAAAAAAAGUCGAAAAAAACUGAAGAAAAGCCAGCCGACAGCACGGACCAGAGCAUUGAAUCUAAAGCAAAACCAAAGGAAACAUAGUUGCGCUUUACAAUUAAACAAAUUAACUGUUUACCAUCAUAUGCUAUAGUUUUGUACAUAACACUCUUAACUUAUUCAAAUACACAAUUUUAAGCUGACGCCCAAAAGGCGUCCGUGCUCUGUUCACUACUGAAUGCUUUGGCUGAUGAAUGUUUGCGUUAUCAAUAUGAUGAAUAUUUUUAAACAAUCUGCCACCUAACCACCAGAUGAUUCACUUCAUGUGUCUAGACUCUAGACAUAUGCCAUUCGGUUCCGUUUAUUGCCGACUUCGUACCUCUGAACUUUGCGCCCUCUUUUGUUGCGAGGGGGCAAGUUUCUAAAAAUUCAUAGGAAAUCGUUGAUAUUUGGUCAUCUAUAUGAUUGCAAUUGUGUCAUAUUUGAGUGAUAAGCUCCGAAAUUAAGUCGGUAAAUUUCUUUAAGAGUAGGACGUACUGGGAGCACAAGGAACAGUAGUUGAUUGAUUCUUGGUGGAAGAACGCUUCGGAAAGCAUUUACCUCUUUCUGCAGAUGUGCCAUAAAUAUACUCGUAUACCUAAAACUGACUCGGACUUAUCAAACUUCCUCGUAUUUGUGUCGUUCAAUUAUUCAUGGAUGCGCAGCAUCAAGAGUGUAGCGAAUGUACCUUUCAGUUCUAUAGAUUGUGAGAACUAAAACAAUCAUACCAAUACAUGCAUAUGCAUAUGCACAUAUGUAUGUAUAUGUACAUAUAGGGAAGUACAUUCAUUUGGGGAACGAGUGAAAUCUGUGAAAUAAAUCUCGUGAAAGUCGUACUGGGAUACUGAUACUCCUGGAAGCAGUUCUAAGACAGCCACUGCACAAAGCGGUUGGAAGGAACGCUCAGAUCAAAAAACCUUUGAAAGUUCACGCUCAGAGCCUCACUUAAAAUUUAAUUAAAUAAAA